AUGAGCGAGAAAAAGAUUGUUGAUGGGCCAAAAGUAUGUGAUAAACUGAGGGAUUUGAAAAUAGACACAGGAGUGGAAUCUAAAAAUGGUUGCAAAACGGAAUGUGGAGUGGGCUGCGAGGAUGGCUGCGAACCGGGAUGUGAUACGUGUCACUGCGAAGACAGUUUGGACAUUUUCGAGCGAUGCGUCCAGGAUCCGUGCUCUGCGGCGUGUAACGAUCUUGACGAAGAGCAAUCAGACUGCGCAGUGGAAGAAGAGCACGACUGUGAGCCGUACAUGGACGACGAGUUGGAUCCACUGCAGGAAAAUGUGGUUUGUGACGGGCACGAGUACGGACGAGGCCCCAAGGGCGAAAAGCGCGCACGCGACGGCAAAAACGAUUGCGAAAGCCGGUGUUCCAACUGCCACCGACUGCGGCGCUGGAAGACCGACGGGCACGCGGACGACCCCAGCGAGCCCGUGCUGCGCUGUUCGCGCACCAACAGUUUCAUGUCGCAGCUGUCGCGACAGGCGUCGCGGCAGUCGCUUCCAGACGCGGGGGACGCGCUCGAUAUGUCUCCAGGAAGCCGUUCACGGUCGCGAUCGUCGUUCAGUGGCACAGGCGCGAUCCCAACACACCUGUACUGUCUGGAGCGCUUUGUGUCGUCAGAGCUCGACUCGGCUGCAGAGUUCUUCUUCAAAGGCGACUCCGCAGACGAAAACACACGUAUGGCGUCUCCAGUCACGUCUAUCACAUCACAACACUGUCCUAGCAUCCUGCAUGCAACAACAUCUACCUCGCCCGUGGGCUCCGCUGGCCAAACACAAACCAAAGAAGCCGAUAGAGCGUCGCCCGAGGCCAUUCCAGCAUUUCUCACUAGACGCAAGUCCCGAAUGUCCUCUAUUGAAGUGUCUUUACUCAAUUCACUGUCGUGA